UAUAAGCAGGGUAAGGGCUUGUUGGGAAGGUGUUCUGUAUACUAUGCAAUGGUGGAAGCUCAGGGUUGUGGAACUUUACAUUGUCACCUGUUGGUGUGGGUGGAAGGAAAUCCUGAUCCCAAUCAGUUGAGGUCUAGAAUACAUGAUGAUGGUACCUUUAAAUCUUCCAUUAUCUCUUGGUUGGAAGAUACCAUCAAGUGCAAAUUUCCAGGAAUGAUGAACAUAGAGGAUCCUCCCUUUGAUGAGCAUGACAUUGACCCUCAUUUGGAGAAUGUGCCACAGGUCAUUGCACUUGAUGAUGAAACCUUUGCUACUGAAUUUUGGAAGUUUGUUAAGUGGUUGGCUAUCAAGUGUAAUUGGCCUCAACACACUGCAACAUGUUACAAACAUCUAAAACCUGGAGAAGUUGGUGGCAAUGACAACUGUUGCAUGCAUAUAAAUGGAACAGUAUGGUCAUUCACUGGGAUCAAUCCUGACACCAAAUCUAUCUUAUUGAGACAACUUCAUCCUUGGAUUAAUAAUUUCAAUGAUGUCAUUAUAUAUUUAUUGCAGUGCAACAUGGACAUCAAGUACAUAGGUUCUGGAUCCACUGCCAAAGUGCUUACUUAUUUCAUUAAUGAUUACAUUGCAAAAGAUGAGUUAAAAGUUCAUGUUGGUUUACAGGCCUUGCAAAGUGCUAUUGAAAGUCAUUGUGAGUGUUUUUGCAAUGAGAGCAUCUUCAGUGAUGAAUUUCAUAAUAAAAAUCUUUUGACAAAAACUGUGAAUGCAAUGACAGGGAGGCAGGAGAUUUCUCAUCAGCAGGUGAUGAGUUACCUCAUAGGAGGGGGGGAUCAUUAUGCUGCACAUGAAUUUUGA